AUGCCCGUCGUCAAGGCAGACAGCUACCUUCCCGUCAGCAACGACCGCUACGAUGCCAAGCCGGCCAGCUACACCAAGCGCAUUGCUCUCACCACGCCCGAGGAGUGGCUGGCCGAGUUCAAUUUUGACACGCAGCAGAAUGCCUACCACCAGUACGUCAACUUUGUCGAUGAAGAGCAGGCCAAGCAAUUGGGCAUGAUCGGAGCUGGCACUGGCGGCAAGGGCUUCCGAUGGGGCUUUGACGUAGGCCAAAGCUCAAGCUCUGGCAAGCGCUCCCUCUCCUCAAAUGCUACCAACAACGAAGGCGAGCUCCAUCGUCGCGCCUUCAAGCGCAACUCACUGCGCUUCAAAUCCAAGAACUGGUACAAGGACGGAGUCUACAUCUUCUCGAUCAACAAGGUCCCCGUCGGUUGCUCUGUUUGGUCGUCCAUCUUCACCCAAUCGUCCGACGAGGGUGCCAAGUGGCGCAGCGAGAUUGACAUCUUCGAGUAUGCUAAUGGCUACAACCGCCCCAAUGCCAUUGUGCUUCACUCGCAAGGUGUGUGCACCAAGUCCGAGGAGGAGGUCAGCAGCCUCGUUGACGGCGAUGCGCUCAUGACUACGUGUACCAAGCGCAUCGGCGUCAGUGGGCGACGUGGUUGCGGAAUCUACAUGGACCACAGCGGCAAUCCGAACGCGGCGAGCAUCCCGGAGAUGAUGAACAAGCAACCGACGAUCAUCGCAGUUGAGCGCAGCCAGGCAGCCGUCAACGCUUGGUUCUGGACCAAAGCCGAGGCACCAACUGUGCUGCAAGAUGUGGCCUCCCAAACGUCGAUCAACACAGGCUCUUUUGGCAAAGCCACCCUCUCGCUACCUCCCUUCCGUGCCUGCACCGACUCCAAACAGCUCGACACUGAGCACGUCAUCGUCAUGAUGCUCGACCAGUGCGCUGGGCUGCCCGAGUUCUAUUGGGCCAAGGACAGCUGCAACAAGAAGACGGGCAUGAGCUGUCCUGCGUACCACAAUACGGGGGCGGCUACGAAGGAGUUGCUGGAGAAUGGCGGAGGGCACUUCGACUUUGAGAGCUUCGUCUUCUUUGCGCCUGCAGGUCAGACGGGUGGACCCCAGUCCAACAGCCCAGAGUCGACGACCUCGAGCUCCUCGUCCACCUCGAGCAAUCCUUCGACUUCCGGCGACACCGACCACGGCAGUGGCAGUGGCAGUGGCAGCAAAGUCAAGGUCUCCUUGUCGUCGGGCAGCCCAGUCUCGAGCGAGAGCACGGAGAAUCAGCACAGCUUCGUUGCCGGCAAGGCCAAGACCCACGGGCACAAGAUUGUCUCCUCCUCCUCGUCCUCUCACCAAUUCAAGGCAGCUGCGCCUGCUGCUUAUCACCACGGCCACGCCAAGUCCCACUCGCAUCCACACGUCAACCAUGCAAAGGCGUACGGCCACUUUCACACGCACCAUCGCCCUUCCUUGCCCCGUGAUAAUGAGCAGGACAAUGAGGUCGACGCUCGCGUAAAUGAUGACGGCCGCAACGAGAAGCGCGACACGAAGUUUGCGAAAUUCGGCGGUGAUGAGCUCGAUGCGGGACGAGCUUCCGGAAGGGGCUUCUUCGACCAUCUCUGGCCUCAUGCUGAAUUUUAG